AUGUCGGCCAAUAUCGGCAUUAAUUCUGAAUCGAUUCUCAACGACACUAUCACCACAUGUGAUCACCGCAACGGUUCCCACGAACCGGAAGACAAUAUCGACGCCAUUAUUAUUAGAGGAAACAAUUUGAACGAAACUUAUGGGAGGGAAGAGACAAACACUGGACACCAUUUGUCACAUAAUAACGAUAAUAAUACGCCCGAAGAGCCACUACUGGACACCACAUCCACAGGCGAUGAGACACAACUCACACCACACAUGAAGGAUCGGUUCCGACGCCGAUUGCGCUACUAUUUCAUGAGUCCUAUCGACAAAUGGCGGUCUAAACGGCGCCUACCGUUCAAACUGGUGGUACAAGUGGUGAAAAUAAUAUGCGUUACGACACAACUGUUGAUCUAUGGGUACGACAUGUCCGGCCAUUUGGCACAGGAGUCCAACUCAAUGAUCGCAUUCCGUGAGCUAUUGCUCGCCAAUUGGGAUCCCGUGCGGGAAGUGAUGGCAUACCCGCCGUCCGCCGGUCCGUACGCUCUCUACACCCGACAGGACUUCUACGACGGUAUCGAUUACGCCGUCCGCCAGUUCUCCAACAUAUCGGAGUCGAGUAUCGGUUCGUUCGGUUACGCCGUCGACCGGUCGCCGACCAACGGAUCCAAUAUGUCGGACGUUGUGAUACAGCGCCGGCACUAUAGGACUGGUUCCGCACAUCCCAGCGAUUAUCGGUACGAAUACGACAACGAAGAAGUGUCCGAUUGGGUGACAAUUGGCGAACUCUAUCCGCCGGGAGAUGAGCGAUGGUUUACUCAGUUCUCGUCUCAGCGAUACUUCGAUGGCCACAACUUUACCAUCAAUUUUGACCGACUCUUAUGGCUGGAAGUGGUGUUUCCGUUGCGAACCAUUUACGUCAACUCAUUGGCCAAAUACAACGCCCCGAAGUGUUACGAUCUGAACGUUACGAUCGCUUACGACAACACCGAACACGACGGACAAAUGCCCGUCCAUUUGACGGUCACUCAGCGUCGGCACCGAUGCGACGGCAAUCUCGCCGACAAUUCUGACGACGAGUCCGAACGCCAGCGACGACUGGCCAUCAAUUGGGCUGUGAUUGUGUUGAGCGCUGUGUCGGCCGUACUGUGUCUUCGGUCCCUCUAUUCGGGACUCGUAUUGUGCGCCGAAAGCCGACAAUUCUUCGCCCAUCACUUCCAACAACGGCUCUCAUUCGGUGACCAAAUGUCGUUCUGCGACCUCUGGAUUGUGUUGAUUGUGAUAAACGACGCGUUGAUAACGACGGGAACCGCUCUGAAGAUGCGUUUGGAGGUGGAGUUUGACGACUCGAUCCAAUACAACACAGUGUCUAUACUGUUGGGCGUCGGCAACCUGUGUGUGUGGACCGGAUUUCUGCGGUAUUUGGGUUUCGCACACAAAUAUAAUGUACUCAUUCUGACCCUAAGGCGGGCCAUACCUAAUGUGUUGAGAUUCAUGUUAUGCGCACUCAUUCUCUACGGGUAUGUCUGUCUCGUCUAUGAUUGCUAUACAACUAAUGUAUUUGUCAAUUGA